UUGAAUCAUCGAACGCUCUGCAAUCGAUUAGUAACCCUGUCCUCCAUUGCUCUGUGCUCAACCUCCUCAAUGGACGCCGUGGAGUUGUUCAAGAGGCUUGGAGCCGGCGCAAAGUUUGAUUUUAAAAGAUUUGGCAGAGAUGCAGAAAGGUUUAAGGUGGUGAAGUCUCAGAACAAAGAGAUCUCCAACCCUUUGACUGAGAUUAGCUUCUUUGGCAAAACCAGAGAAGAGCCAGCUGAAGAGUCCAGACAUGAUGAUGAUGAUGAUGAUGAUGAUGAUGAUGAAGAGCACGAGUCAGAGGAAGAUCAUCCGACCAUCAGGGAGGAAUCGCUGAGCAAGCUGAGGAAAAAAGGGAAAGGGGAUAAAAGAAAAACUCAGGAUUCAGAAGAUGAGCGUGAUGAUGACGAUGAUGGUGAUGAUGAUGAUUCAGAGCAGACGGGGAUUCAGUGGAUGUCUUCGCAAGACAAGAAGGUGAAAGAGCCAAAGAAAAAGGCCACAGAUGGACCAUCAAUAAAGAGAUUAAAGCAGCUUCACAAAGAGAAGCUCAAUCAGAUCCGGCAUCAGAACAGGAUUAAUGUGCACGGCACCGACGUCCCAGACCCUCUCGGCACGUUCGAAGAGCUUCAGCAGGAAUAUGAGCUGGAUUCCCGGAUCAUUCAGAACAUCAGAGCAGCUGGCUUUCAGACCCCCACGCCCAUUCAGAUGCAGGCCAUCCCUCUGAUGAUGCACAGACGAGAAAUCCUGGCGUGUGCCCCCACAGGCUCGGGGAAAACCAUAGCCUUCUGCCUGCCUGUGCUGGCGCAUCUCCGUCAGCCGCUCAACAAGGGUUUCAGAGCGCUCAUCGUAGCGCCCACGAGAGAGCUGGCCAGUCAGACGCACAGAGAGCUGCUGAAGCUGUCCGAAGGAGUGGGCUUCAGGGUUCACAUGAUUAACAAAGGAGUGGAUGCAGCCAAAAAAUAUGGUCCCAAGUCAGCAAAAAAGUUUGACAUACUGGUGACGACGCCAAACAGGCUGAUCUACCUGCUCAAUCAGGACCCUCCAGCUGUUGAUCUCAGCAGCGUGGAGUGGCUGGUGGUGGACGAGUCCGAUAAGCUGUUUGAGGAUGGUAAGACUGGCUUCAGGGAGCAGCUGGCCACCAUCUUCCUGGCCUGCACCUCUCCCAAAGUUCGCCGCGCUCUCUUCAGUGCCACUUUCACCACGGAGGUCGAGCAGUGGUGCAAACUCAAUCUGGACAAUCUUGUCUCUGUUAACAUCGGGCCCAGGAACUCUGCAGCAGAGACGGUAGAGCAGGAGCUUCUGUUUGUAGGUGCAGAGAAUGGCAAGCUGCUCGCUAUAAGGGACCUGAUAAAGAAGGGGUUUAUGCCUCCCAUGCUGGUGUUUGUGCAGUCCAUAGAGCGAGCCCGAGAGUUGUUCCAUGAGCUGGUGUACGAGGGCAUCAAUGUGGAUGUGAUUCAUGCCGAGCGCACACAACAACAGAGAGACAACGUGGUGAGCAGCUUCCGUGCUGGUAAAAUUUGGGUGCUCAUCUGCACAGCGCUCAUGGCUCGAGGGAUUGACUUCAAAGGCGUCAAUCUGGUGAUCAACUACGACUUUCCUACGAGUGCUGUGGAAUAUAUUCAUCGUAUAGGCCGCACAGGAAGAGCAGGUCAUAAAGGGAAAGCCGUCACAUUUUUCACCGAGGCUGACAAACCGCUCCUGCGCAGCAUUGCCACUGUAAUAAAACAAGCAGGAUGUCCUGUGCCUGAUUACAUGAUCGGAUUCAAGAAACUAAAAAGCAAAGUGAAGCGGCAUCUUGAGAAGAAACCACCGAGAAGGUCAAAAAUUCGCACAACACCUCGUUUUCUCAUGAAAAAGAAUCCCGGCAAAGUGAAAAGACAUUACAGUCAGCAUUUAGGCCAUGAAUAGUGAAUGGUGAAUGAAUAGUAUAGUAUAAACAAUGCUCGAAAUUGAGCACAGGUUCCUUUCCAUUGAUCCCUGAGAUGUCUCUACAUCUUUAUGAAGGUCCAAUCAUGGUAAAUUUGCCACCUCAGUCAACAUAAAGCCUGACUGCUGACUGUGCGUGUCGCAACAAAAAUCAAGCCAUGAGGUCAAAGAGUUAUCUGUAGAACUCGGAAAAACUCUCAUGCAAUGAGAACUAAGAUUCUGGUCUGGUCUGAUUGGCCUAAAUACUGACUAUUAUGUCUGCAAAAAAUCAAGCACCAUCACCCGGGCCUGUUCCCAGCCCCCCUCUUAAGAAUGCACAUUUACUCAUUUGCCUUACUUUAACCCUAACCCUUUGGAUAAAAAGCACCUGGGAAAUGAGUAAAUGUACAUUUUUGAAGAGUGAAUGUUCUAAAGUUCGACGUGUCCUCUGAACGUGU